UAAAGUGAAAUGUCAAAAACAAACUUCGUUAUGAAGUUGAGAUUGAAUACAAUUGUAAAGAUAUAACUAUUACAUAUUAUUUUAUUAAAAUGGCUAAUACUUUAGCUAAUGUACCUGUGUCAAAAAUUAUAAAAAAUAAAAGCAACUGUGAAGAUGAACCCAGAAAGAAAAGCAGAGAAGACUGGCGAAAAGCGAAAGAAUUAGAAGAAGCAAGGAAAGCUGGUACAGCACCAGCUGCAGUAGAUGAAGAAGGCAAAGAUAUUAAUCCACAUAUUCCACAAUAUAUUAGUGCUACACCAUGGUAUUUUGGAGCACAAGGACCUACUUUGAAACAUCAAAGACCACAGCCUGAAAAACAAAGGAAAUUCAGUGGUAUAGAUGAAUGGUACAAUCGAGGUGUAGAUGCAUCCAAAGUAGCAAUAAAAUAUCGUAAAGGAGCAUGUGAAAAUUGUGGAGCAAUGACUCAUAAGAAAAAAGAAUGUAUGGAACGUCCACGUAAAAUAGGUGCAAAAUAUACAAAUGCAAAUAUAGCACCAGAUGAAUUUACCCAACCUGAAUUAUCUAUGGAUUAUGAUGGCAAAAGAGACAGAUGGGCUGGUUAUGAUCCUUCACAACAUAGAGCUAUUGUUGAAGAAUAUCAAAAGAUUGAAGAAGCAAAGAGGCAAAUGCGUGCGGAAAAGUUAAAUGCAGAGGGGAAUGAUGAACAAGAUUCAGAUAAAGAUGAGGAUAAAUAUGUUGAUGAAGUUGAUAUGCCUGGAACAAAAGUAGAUUCUAAACAGCGUAUUACUGUUAGAAAUCUUCGAAUUAGAGAAGAUACAGCAAAAUAUUUGAGAAAUUUGGAUCCAAGUUCUGCAUAUUAUGAUCCUAAAACAAGAUCUAUGCGUGAUAAUCCUUAUGUUGGAACAGAGAGAGAAGUAGAUUAUAAAGGAGAAAAUUUUGCACGUUUUUCUGGAGAUACACAACGACAUGCAAAUGCUCAGUUAUUUGCAUGGGAAGCACAUGAAAGAGGUGUUGAUGUUCAUUUACUUGCUGAACCUACGAAAUUAGAAUUACUCAAACAGGAAUAUGAUAAGAAACGUGAUGAAUUAAAGGACAAAGCUCGUGAUAGCAUAAUUAAUAGAUAUGGAGGUGAAGAACAUCUCGAUGCCCUUCCAUCUUCUCUUUUAUUAGCACAAACAGAACAGUAUGUUGAAUACUCUAGAUAUGGAAAGAUUAUAAAAGGACAAGAUAGACAAAUAAUUCGAUCGAAGUAUGAAGAAGAUGUAUAUCCAAAUAAUCAUACUUCCGUUUGGGGAUCGUAUUGGCAUGCUGGUAAAUGGGGAUACAAAUGUUGCCAUUCAUUCAUAAAAAAUUCAUACUGCACAGGAAAUGCAGGUAAAAUUGCGGCUGAAGCAGCAGCUAUUGAAACUAAAAGAAUAGCAACUGAAGAACAAAAAGUCGAAGAGGGAAAAGCAGAUUCAUCGGAUGAAAAAUCAAUGAGUAACGAUAGCUCAUCUGAUGAAGAGGAGAAAAUAUCAAAAACACUAAAGAAGUCAAAAUCUUCUAAGAAAAGGGAAAAGAAACAAAAACAAAAAGAGAAACGAAAAAACAAGAAAAAAGCUGCUAAAAUGGAAGAGCAAGAUAAGUUGCAACUGGCGUUACAGAAAGAGGAAGAAAGACAGAAAGAAGCAGAGAGAUUGUUACAAGUGGACGAAAGAAAACGUCGUUACAAUAGUAUGUAUGAAGUUAAAGAACCGACGGCAGACGAAAUCGAAGCAUUUCAAAUGAAACGAAAGCGCGAGGAUGAUCCUAUGGCAGAAUUUCUUAAUAAAUAG